AUGAUGGCGGCUAAUGUCGUGUUACCACUUGUACGGGGCAUUUACGCCCUGCUCGCCGUUAUUGUGCUACGCUUCCUGUAUAGAGCAUACAUCGAACGGGGGCGACUAAGAACUUUGAAGGCUCAAGGAAUUCCCAUAUUACCACAUUCGUUACUAUUCGGCCAUCUCCCCGUCUUCGCAGCCUUUCGAGCGUCUAAUCCUCCAGAUGUUAAUAUAUAUGAAUUCUAUUCUUGGCUCCUUGCAAAUAUCGAUAAAUACUUCCCUGGCCAUACGAGAUUACCGCCAGUGGUUUAUUUGGAUCUUUGGCCCGUAUCAAGGUCUCUUGUACUUAUAUUUGACGCCAUGGCUGCGGCUCAGUGCACGCAGGUCAAGAGUCUGCCCAAGGACCCGCUUCUCCCCGAAUACAUGGAGCCGCUGACGGGAAAAUUGGAUAUCGUUUCGACGGAAGGGGAACUAUGGAAGAAAUGGCGAUCGAUGUUCAACCCUGGUUUCAGCCAACGGAAUCUUACAGCUCUGCUCCCAGAGCUCAUCGAAGAGGCCCAGAUAUUCGCAAAUGGGCUCAAGGAUCAAGCUGGUCAGGGAGGAGAGUGGGGAUCGGUAUUCCAGCUCGAGAAAAGGACGAUUAACCUGACUUUCGACAUUAUUGUGAGAGCAUCUGUAGAUCUACGAUUACAUGAGCAGUCAAACCCAUCAAGCAGCCCAUUCAAGACCGCCCUAGUAGAUCAACUUCAGUUGAUGGGGAAGUUGUCAAAAUCUGCAAAAGCCUUCCAUUCCAGCCAGCUUCUCUGGCAUCGGAGAUCUAUUGAGCGAAACAACCGCACCAUGCGCGAGUUUCUACUUCCACAGAUAGAAAAAAGGCUACAGUCAGACGUCAACGCCAGCCAAAAGAAAACAAUCGUCGACCUCGCUAUGAAGUACAUCGAAAAGGAAAAUGCUGGUACUUUCGGAGGAAAACCCGAUGCUGAGUUUGUCGAUAGACUCGUAGCGAAUUUGAAGGCGUUUAUGUUUGCUGGCCACGAUACGACUUCGUCGACGAUCUGUUUCAUGGUGAAGAUACUGCAGGAUAAUCCGGACUGUUUAGCGAAACUCCGGGCCGAGCACGAUUCUGUCCUAGGUCCUGAUCCGGAGAAGGCUAUGGAGGUUUUGAUCGCAUCACCUCACCUCUUGUACUCGCUCCCGUAUACUUUAGGCAUUAUUAAGGAGACUCUAAGGCUGCAUCCGCUCGCUGCGACGGUUCGUGAUAGCGACAGUAUCCCAGGAUUUUCAGUCAGCGUACCAGGCUCGCCUACUAGGUAUCCGAUGGAGGGGUUUGGACCUUGGGUGGGUGCACCUGGAGUACAGCGCAAUCCCGAUUAUUGGCCACGACCAGACGAAUGCUUGCCAGAGCGCUGGAUGGCCGCCGAGGGCGAUCCUCUUUAUGUUGCUACUAAAGAAGCUUGGGUGCCGUUUUCUCUAGGACCGAGGAACUGCGUUGGGAUGGAAUUGGCGAUGGUCGAGUUAAGAUUGGUCGCCAUAUUGAUAGCCCGCACAUUCGACAUUGAGGAGGCAUGGGAAGAGUGGGACAAGAAGCAAGGUCCCAAUGCUACGCCUACUCACAUUGUAAACGGCAGACGCCUCUACGGUGUCGGGAAUGGACCAGUCCACCCGAAGGACGGUAUGCCAGUACAUGUGAGGCUACGAAACCAUAAGCUAUCCACUUGA